AUGUACUUUUCACCAACACUCGUCAUUGCUCUGGCGGCAGCCGUCUCGGCGCACGGCGUGGUUACGGAAAUCAAGGGCGCAAACGGUGUGUCGAUGCCUGGACUGACGAUCCAGGAUGGAACGCCUCGGGACUGUUCUUCCAACGGCUGUGGAUCGCAGGCAGACACGGCCAUUAUCAGAGACCGUGAGAUUGCCAGCGGCAAGACGGGGCCUCUGGGCCGUACCCAGGGCAACGGCAAUGUCGAUGCUGCAGUCAUGGUCGGGGCCUUCAUGGGAGCGGGCACUGCACCGCCUGCCAACCAGGGCGCUUCGGGGAGCGUAGGCGUAGAAGACAACAUCCAGGUGCCAGGCCAAAGGAAGCGCCAAUUCCUCAGUAACCUCUUUGGAGGCGGCAACAAGGGCGGUACGGCUGGCGCCACAGGUAUCGCCGGAUUGUUUGGAGGAGGCGGCGACAAGUCCAAUGGUCCUCCCGAGUCUCGUGUUGCAGCUGCUGUUGGAGCCGGUGCUUCGCGCGGACUGCCUACAUGUGCGGAUGACGGCACAGUUACCAUGACACUUCGCCAGAUCAACCAAGACGGUGCUGGUCCCUUCACAGCCGACGUCGACGGCACAUCUGGCGGCACCAACGAGUCCGCCAUGCAAUCCGCAAAGGUAACUCAAGACGUCCCUGGCCUAGGCGUCCAGGGCAUUUCUCUCGCGACAAACACAGAGUUCCAGAUGAAGGUCCAGAUGCCUGCUGGUAUGACGUGUGAUGCCACUGUUGCGGGUGUCAAUAAUGUCUGCGUCAUGCGUGUUCGCAAUGGAGCCGCAGCAGGUCCUUUUGGGGGCUCCGUCGCCUUUACACAGGGCGCGGCUGCUCGAAAGCGCGCUCUUGCCUACAGGCUGAAGAAGCGCAUGGAAAUCGGCGACAGGAAUUAA